ACACUAGUUACCCGCCAUCAAGCUUAGCGCAGAAGAAGAGGACCGUCGAUCCGACUGUCAACAUGGCGUUCAGUUUUGGCGGAGCCACGAGUAACACAGCGGCAAGUGAGUACAGUUUGAUUUUAUCCAUGGGUAUUCCAUUGACACGAAGAAUGUGCCGCUAGUGCUGUGCUAAAUCGAGGUUACGUUGGGAUAAAUGCAUCAGCGUUGAAUACAAAGGGCCAAACGGCAGCGCUCAUUAGCUUCUCACCCUCCGGUGUUCUGUCGAGUUGUGCUGCUCUAUCGAAAUGUGUUACCGCAGCGCCAUCAACAUAGAGGCUAUCAACAGCCCCCUUUAAAAUAGUUUGUUUAAACUGCAGUCUAGUUCAGAACCACUCGAUGUGACAAAUUGACUCACUCAAAUUUGUACUCUUAUAAUAAUGAAGAAACGGUGUAUUUGACAAUAUAUCCCAAAUUGUCAAAGGUUUAAGUUGAAUUUUAGCUAGAAAUACAGGGAGUUUGUUAAGUGCCCGGGAUGUUUGACUUUGCGCAUGCGCAGAUGUCCUUAGAACCGCUUUGUAGCGCUUAUCGAUAGGUAACACAAGUUGUUAGAACACCCGGCCCAUGGAGCCUGUAUGCUAACUGCUAUUUUUUUUUAAUGUCUAAAGUACAUAACUCAUUUUUAGAUAUGUUAUCAACUUUACUAUUUGAGUACGCCUAAUAACAUGUUAACUGGUGCCUAUUUCUUUUCUGUAACUGUCGCCAUAACGGUUACUCCUGAUAAACUCCUAUUGCUUCUCUAUUCUCACAAUAUCUCCUGCACUACAGUAGUGAGCUUGUACAGUGUAGCUGUAACAUCACCGUCCCUACAUCUUACACUCAUAGCACUCUCUAUGUUCUUGUGAAGACACGUCCGGGUUUUCAUUCGGUUCAUUUGGUCCCAAAACCACAGCAUCAACUGCAUUUGGCUUUGGCACCGCUGCCACCACCACCACCGCCUCGUCCGGAUUCGGCAGUAAGUCCAGAGUGAUGAUCUUCUCACUGAAGUGGGCACCUGCCCUCUCCUCUCCUCGCUUGUCACCUGAAGUAAUCUGCUCGGUUGUGUUGUAGAUCAUAGUAAGCCUCUUGUCAGCCUUGUUUGUAAAUGUCUCAUACACCUGCAUUGGCUUCAGGGAUGGGCCAGAUUGUUUAAAAGCUCCUGUUGGUAAAGACAACAAAAAAUAACAACAGAGAAUAUGGACUUGUGGUGACAAUGGCAAUGAGAAAUAGAGAGUGAAAGAGCCUUGGUCAAGAGCAACAAAACUAGGGUAUAUAGGCGGGUGCAUUUAUGGAAAAAACCACCUAACCCUUAAAAAAUUCUAACAAAAGGUUUCUGAGCUGAGUCCCCUCCUCCCCUUCUUCUGACUUUACAGACAGAUUAAAGCCAGUUCUAACUAUGAGUACAUCUCCACCUCACGUUAGUUUACAGUUUUUUUUCUUUCAGUGGAAAACAUCCAAAAAUGCCCCCUGUACAGAUGAUGAGACACUUACAAACAAGGACAACUCUGCUGUCAGAGUUUCCCCAUAAGUUUUCGUCAGCUCUCUCUGCUGGUGUUGGCAGGAUUCUUUCAUCAUUGGGGUAUAAAAUGCAUAUCAUUGCUGCUGUUGUAAUCCUUAAUCAAAUCACACGCCAGGUUAACUUUUUAUUGUGUUUGUACUUUUUCUUCAAAGCUCUUACAGCCCCUGGUUUUGGGGCAGCUACAACCACUGCUGCUGCACCAGCCACAGGAUUUAGUUUUGGCUCCACCAACACUGGUAAGAUACACACAGUGGACAAAGCACCUCCUCUUUAUUAGUCCUGUCUUUAUGAAGUCAGUCUGAGACUUUUUGAUUUGAUAUGAUGAGGCCCUGGACUCUCUAUGGGCUGUGUAUAAGAAGUAGGUGUAGCCGCAUGAUUUCAACAAAGCAUUUGUAGACAUGGGACAAGCAUUCUUGUUUCCCCUUCUGUCUACUACUUGUAUGCAGUCUCUAGCCUUUUCUAACCCUGACCUCUAAUCCUUUAACUCCCUCAUGUCAUUCUCUCUUUUUUCGCUGCCUGCCUCUGCUGGCUGCAGGAUUUGGGGGGCUGGGAGCUGGAAACACCACGGCUGGUGGGUUUAGUUUUGGGGGGUUUGGUUUAAAUGCCAACCCAGCAGCAGUCAGCUUUAAUGUGGGGUGCUUUGGUACAGCAACCACCACUGGCACUGUUUUCAAUUUUGGUAAUAGCCUGGCUAGCACAGGUAGAUGAUCAAUUAAUCAGUACAAGUGUGUGUCUGUAAACCCUCAUUUUCAUCCAUUCUCACAUCUAUUUGUUGUUCAUCUCAAAUGUCCGUCUCAUUCGGUGUCAUGCCUUGUUGUUUCCAUUUGCAUGGGGAGACAAACUUUUGCAUUAUACACUUACUGUCCAUCACAGCUCACCGUAUUUGAUAAGACAGGAGAAACAACGUGGAGGGACAGACAAGCCUGAUUUGCUUUUCAUUGAUUCUUAAAAUCAAAAUAUGAUUUAUUUAACUAAUCCGUCAAAUAGUCAGCAUCUUAAUUGUGUGUCACCUCCUUUUCGCAGUUGUCAUCAUUUGUGUUGUUUUUCAGGUACAUUUGGUGGCUUCGGGACGACUACAACAACCGCCGCUGCAACAGGGUCCACCUUUAGCUUUGCAACACCCUCCAACACUGCAGGUCUGCAGCAUGAUUUCCUUCAACCUUAACAAGCUUUCCCACCUUUUUAUUCUCAUUUUGGUUGAUGAACAGGAAUAAAGCAUGUAUGUGUGCGGAAAAUUGUCUUUUAAAGAAGAAAAAAGGUCAAAAAUAGAGAAAGGUUGUUUGCUAAGGCUGUUCGUGUGUGUGUUUAAGUGUACAAAGACAAAUGUUUAUCUGUUGAUGUGUAUAUUGAGAGAAAAAGAAAAGAAGCUUGAAACAUUUUUCAUUUUUCAAGAGGGGCCUUGUUGAAAGUUUGGGAAUUGAUGUGUUGUUAACAGGUUAUUGUUACUCAAAUGAUUCUGCGGCAUUGGGGGGUGAAUUGCUCCCUGGUGUAAGGGUUUUUAAGACACUAUGCUGUUUCAUUGGCUCCUGCUGUUUUGCAACGCUGUGUUCACCCAUCACUUCAUGAUCACAGGUUUCAUUACCAACUCACAGCACAGAAAGACUAACCCACUGAGCAUUUUUUGGUCUAAAAGAGGUCUAAAUGUAGCCUAGACGACUGGUCUAAAAUUAGGCUUCCACAGGUCGAAAAAUGAAAGUUUUUCAGACAUCUAAAUUUAGACCAAGUUUAGACUAAAUCUAAAUCUGGGCUAUAUCUAUACUACACUGUAUAUUGCUCAAUGGCUAUCAUAGUUAUUUUGGUUAAGUACUUGGAUAUCAGUUAUGAAACUCACAGUUGCUUUUUGAAAUAAAUAGUUAUCGAAUAAUCGGUUAGAGUGCAACGUCUAAAUUCCAUCCAAAAAUAUACAGAAUCUAGAUGGUUGAGAUUUGGUAAAAAAAAAAACUAGACAUCUAAAGCUAGGGCUGGGACGAUAUGAUUUUCUCCAGAUUCGAUUGUUCUACAAUUUUUUGGAUGCCGCUUCAAUAUAAAUUGCGAUUCUAUGAUAUUGUCAAUUUCCUCGUUUUUCAGUCUGCAUUUAUUAACACCGGUGAAAACAGUUGAAUGAUUAUGAUUGUCUACUGACUAUUCCAGGAACCGUAUUUUCCCCCAAAAAAUACACAUCACAUGUAAGUCAGUUUUAAAGAUUUAUUCUUAAAUUUGGGGGGAAAAAUGAUUUUUGAACAAAAGAAUCGAUUUAAAAAUUGUAAAACAAAAAAUCGUGAUACUUUUGUGAAUCGAUUUUUUUUCUCCCACCCCCACUAAUAACCGUCUAUUGCUCAGUGGGAAAUGUAUCGAUUGGCUCACCCACAUCUAUUCAGCUCCUGAAAACAAUAUUACGUUUUUGUCUGCUGUAUGAAAAUCAAGCGUGAUGACUUACCCGACUACUUAUCCUCCACUUAAUUCUUUGAUGGCUAGUUUUGCCUCUGAGAUUUCUGGAUGAUGCAGACUAAUUGUGCCCCGUUACAGAGACUUAUGACUGAAAAUAAGUGUCACAGAAAUCUUGAAGUGAAUCAAGGUUUAGUCUUGAGUAUGAUAUUAUAAAAAUGAAAGUUUAAAUGGUAAAACUGACUUUCUUCGAUGUUUUGUUGAUGUCCAUCAGUCUGUUUAUUUUUCCUCAUAUCUACAGCUGUUCUGUUGCAUUACUAAAAUUCUGCUCUGUGAAUUUGCCACAAGAUGUCUCUCUCUCUCUCUCUCUCUCUCUCUCUCUCUCUCUCUCUCUCUCUCUCUCUCUCUCUCUCUCUCUCCUCCCCUCCUAUCUCCUAUCUGAACUGUGUAUACGUCCCUGCUUUUGCUUCUACAGUAACCCCUUCUGCCAAGCUGAAAGCAUGUUUCCCAGGUUCCCCUUGGCUGACACACUUAACCAGUUCUCUUAAACCUAAAGGCCGAUGAAAGUUACUCACUCUUUUGGCAUGUUCUUCUGUUUUAGGAGGUCUUUUUGGUAACACACAGAACAAAGGGUUUGGGUUCUCUUCUGGGCUCGGCACCGGGACAGCUACUGGGACAACAGGAUUUGGAACUGGAUUAGGAACUACUGGUCUGGGUGGGUUUGGAGGAUUUAAUAUCCAGCCAACUCAACAGCAAGGUGAGGGUCUGCAGUGAGAGUUUCUCCCUAAUCCUCAGAAAUGAUGGUACCGGCCUGUAUAUUCUCUGCUGACAGACUUCAGCGCAUCAGCAUACAUAAAGUGCCUUUGCAUCAGUGUCCAUGUUUAUUUUUUUGCUGGCAUAUAACAAACGGCUGGUGUUGGCUUCAAUUUUCACAAUCGAUGCAUCUCUGAUUGAUUAUAGUGCUAGUUCAGGCAGGCUACUAAGUCAAGCUCAACCUUCAGAUCAGUCAGCUAAUCUUCACAACAGCCAGUAUCAGCUGGAGUCCAGCAAAACCUUAACUUCUCCCAAGAUGCAUUGAGAAGGAAAAAGAGUCAAAAACGGUCGCAACUCCAGCAGCUCUUCAAGUAAAAGAACAACUUUAUAAAUCGACUGAUGUGUUUUGGCUUGCAGCGUUUAUCAAGGUCGUGACCCAGUGUGUCAAAAUGGGCGUUGAAUCUUAACUGCUUUAGCUUACCUUCUCUUGCUGCCUCCUCUUUGCUACCUGCCUCCACCUGAGCUCCUCCUCCUUUCUGCUGUGUCUGAUUUUUACCUGAUUCAUUUGUAUCGUCACUCAUGCCCGCUCUGUACCCUGCGGGUCUUUGCUGCUGCUGCUCUCCCCACCUUGGUCUUUCACUCGCAUUUUUUAAAUGAAGGGCAUGGAGCUCCUAGGACUCACUUUAACUUCCUCCCAGGUCUUUUUCUGGCAUGAAAUCUGUACUUUUACUCGCGUAUGAAUUUCAAACACUACAUCCACCACAGUGAACACGUAAGCAAAACAUUUCUACACCUGGCCUGGCAGAUAAUACAAAUGAUGUAUGUUUCAAACCAAUGUUGUAGUACACAAAUUAAGCAUUUGUUUAUGUUAGUUCUUUAUACAUGUUGCCUGGAGAAAGAGACACACAUAAAACAUGCCUUUUGCUUUGAAACAACUUUGAAAGACUACAGUCAUUGCAGGUGGGAGGAGUACAGCAUUUUGGACAUGUCAAAGAACUCCUCACAGAAGCACGAACUUUGACAGAGAUGUGUUCAGGGGCAGUCAGAAAAGUAAGAGAGAUGCUAAAGUCACCAGGACUGUUUUCACAUUCCUCUUGAUAAUGAUAGCAUUAGCCUCUCAAGAGACUCAACCACUGGGAGCAAGACGUCUAGUUUGUUAAAUCUUUAUUAUUUUACGGCUUUAUUUCUCAAGUAACCUCAUCUAAAUAAUAGAUGAAAUGCUGUUCUCCCAUCCCACAGCAGUGCAACAGUGUAACCGAAAAAUACAGUAUCUAGAACAGCAGCCCUGAAAGACAAACCUGCUUCUGAUAGCAGUUGGGCUGCAGAUGUUCGGGAGUUUGUCAGACGCACGAGGCUUAGUGACUCGACUACAACACAGUUUGAAACACAACCAGCAUACAGAAAAUGGUGCUUUUAUGUUUGUAUUUUCUUCCCAUUCAGAAUUUUUGACACAAAUAAAACGGCCAACUUACACAGCUCUACACCUGAGCUGUACAUCUUCAUCACUGCAGAGGGAAAAUUUCAGACAAAACAUCAUCAGCCAAACGCUUUAGUUUAAUUAAUUUAUGUUGAUGUGAUGUUUUUGUUGUGUAAAAAAGGAGGAAAAUCUUAUCCCUCCUAUAAUGCACCUUUUCCUCCCCCUCUCAGGUGGUUUAUUCGGCCAGCAGGCCCAGCAGCCAGGUCAGCCUCAGCCCACCCAGCUCUACCAGCAGGUCACUGCUCUCUCAGCUCCCACCUUGUUAGGAGAUGAGCGUGACUCCAUCCUCGCUAAAUGGAACCAACUCCAGGCUUACUGGGGCACCGGGAAGGGCUUCUACAGCAAUAACAACCCGCCUGUUGACUUCAACCAGGAGAAUCCCUUCUGCAGGUUUAAGGUAACUGCUGAUGGUCUAUUGGAGCAGUGGCGAGUUUGUGAGGGUUGAUUUGACCAUAAAUAAGGAACGGUUGUCCUCUUUGUCUUUUUGUUUCCCAGGCGGUGGGCUACAGCUGCGUCCCGAUGAGCAAGGAUGAAGAUGGUUUAGUGGUCCUGGUCCUCAAUAAAAAGGAAGCUGAUGUGCGAGUGCAGCAGCAGCAGCUGGUUGAGUCCCUCCACAAGAUCCUGGGGAGCAACCAGUCGCUCACAGUCAAUGUAGAUGGGGUCAAAGCCCUUCCCAGUGACCAGUAAGCUUCUCUAACAUGUCACACAGCACUACUCUCAACACACAGAUUGUUGAUUUCUUUGAAGUUGUCAGAAAUUGAUAUGAAACAAAAUCUCCCCUCUGUGCCUCUCAGGACGGAGGUGAUUAUUUAUCUAGUGGAGCGCUCUCCUAACGGCACCUCCAAGAGGAUACCAGCCACCACCCUUUUUAGUUAUCUGGAGCAGGCCAACAUCAAAGUCCAGCUCACGCAGAUCGGGGUGGCCAUGUCUCUCACGCGCACAGAGCUGUCCCCGGCGCAGCUCAAACAGCUGCUGCAAAACGCACCUGCAGGUAAAUGUUUGUGUCCGCAAUCUCUGCUGAGUUCAACAAAAUGAACUGGAACUGAGGAAGCUGUUUCUUCUCACCAGGAGUUGAUCCGAUUAUCUGGGAGCAGGCCAAAGUGGACAACCCAGACCCUGAGAAGUAAGCUGGGUGACUUCCAUAAAGCAUACUUACUUUGAAUUAAGUAUGAUGUCUAAAUUAAAGGGAUAUUCCGGCGUGAAAUGAAGUUGGGGUCAAACACACCGUAACACCGAGUUGGCCCCCCCUUUGAGAGAUGAAUGUUGCCAACCGCUUGCUUCUCUAGCUAUACCGACUUUAGUAACGACCCCUGUAGUCCAUAAAAGACUGACCCGAGGUCUCGCUACAAACAAGCGGCUGCUGGAAGAGAGUAGGUGAGUUGUGUUUAGUCUCUUUGCUAAAGAAAUCAGGCAAAGUUAAAAAGAUGUUUGGUGGCUAGUACUAUGGCUAAGACCCUACAUGUCCUGUUGAUGAAGUUAGGUGCUGUUCUGAGCAUUAUUUGUGGCUAUAGAGUGGUGUUUUGGUUGAGCGCGUGGCUCUCUGCAUUGCUAUCGUGCGGUCGUUACUAAAGUUGGUAUAACUAAAGAAGCAAGCGGUCAGCAACAUUCAUCUCUUGACGGGGUGUCUAACUCGGUGUUCUGGUGUGUUUGACCCUAACUUAAUUUUACGCCGGAAUAUCCCUUUAAUUCAAACUAAUACACCAUCAUAAUGUUACUGGUCAUUAUAGUUUUCUUCUCUUUUCCCAGAUUGAUCCCGGUACCUAUGGUGGGUUUUAAGGAGUUGCUCCGCAGGCUGCAAAUCCAGGAGCAGAUGACCAAACAGCACCAGACCAGAGUGGAUGUAAGUGAGAUCAGUGCGGUCUGAUCCUGCUUGUCUGAGUUGUCUGAGUAUGAACAGGGACGAUACAAUGCACACAAAUCUUACAGAAAGGAAGUUGAAAGUGGUUUUGUUGUGUCAAGGACAGAGGACACAGAUGUCCAGUGCAUGAAUUAGUGCUGCAAAGGAGGAUAAUGAGAACUUAAAGACAUCAUCUCCUUGGUUUAGUUUUGAGUUUAUAUCACAGACUUAUUCAGUAUAUAAUGUCACUCUGUGCUGCAGAUCAUCUCCAGCGACAUCAGCGAGCUGCAGAAGAACCAGGCGACCACAGUGGCCAAGAUUGCCCAGUACAAGAGGAAGCUGAUGGAUCUCUCCCACAGAGUGCUGCAGGUAGCUGCCUCACCUUUUUUUUCAUUUCUGCUGGGCUCAAGUGCAGUUCCAGUGUCUUAUCUCAGUGAAAUGGAGCACUCUUUUUUUUUCUCUGCCUCAGGAUUUAUGCUCUUCUGUUUGUUUACCCUGCUCCAACCACUUCUGGUUUUGUAUUUCCUGUCAUGUUUCAUUCCUCUUGAAGGUGCUGAUCAAACAAGAGAUUCAGAGGAAAAGCGGUUAUGCUAUCCAAGUGGAUGAGGAGCACCUCAGGGUGCAGCUGGACACCAUUCAGUCCGAGCUCAAUGCUCCCACACAGUUCAAGGUGAGGGUCUAAACUGUAGCAAGUGCUCAUUUUUUCACUUCAUAAGCAUUCCUACUAAAAGGGAAAUAAGGAAUAGCUUUACAGUUUCAAAUUGAAUAUUCUGAGCUCUACUCUAGGCCACAAACCAAAGUAUGUGUUCCUGACAUGAUGUUUUUCAAAGAUAUUUUGCUGUAUUUAUUUAUUUUUUCUCUUCCAGGGUCGGUUGAAUGAAUUGAUGUCCCAGAUCCGCAUGCAGAAUCACUUUGGAGCUGUCAGAUCUGAAGAGCGCUACAGUGUUGACGCAGACCUUCUCAGAGAAAUUAAGCAGGUAAGUCAGCACAUCCACACAGCGCAUCUGAAUAUAAAGCCGUUACCCUGUGAUUCGACCUCUUGACCUGUUUUGACGUCUCUCACUUUCAGCACUUGAAACAGCAGCAGGAGGGUUUAAGUCAUUUGAUCAGCGUCAUUAAAGACGACUUAGAGGACAUCAAACUCAUAGAGCACGGGCUGAGCGACAGUGGACACUUGAGAGGAGGCAUCCUGAGCUGAGUCGACCCACUUAACACACACGCACAAUACACACCCCGACUCUGUUAAGGUGUCAUGCCUAUCACUCAGACCAGGCAACAUGUCCUUGGCUGUGAUAUCUGAAUAAUCUUGACAACGACUGGUUAACCUGUGCUUUCUGGGCUGAUUUAGAAGCCUUUUGGACUUAUACCAUCUAUCAACAGCUGGCAAACCCCAUGUUAAAUCAGAUUAUAAAUAUCAGACUACAAAUGUUACCAGCAAGUUAAGUUUCCCGGCUGAGUGUGUGUUGGAAUAAACAAAUUGUAAAUACAUGUAUUCUUGUAUUUCUUUUUUUAAUGCUGUUAUUGGAAUAAUAAAUUUCAUUGAAUUUGAAAACAAG